AUGGCUAGCACAGAGGCAAUGUGGCGGAGAGACCAUCCCCCCAAAGCUGAAGAGAAGAACUCCCCACCCACACAACCAGAGGCCUGGAAGAUCCACUAUGAGAAGUCCUGGCUGCACCGACAUUGCUCAUCACUGUUGUGCAGGGAUAAGCAGGCCCAGAAGGCUGGACAGCUUUUCUCAGGACUGCUGGCCAUGAACAUGGUGUUUCUAGGCAGUGCUUUCAUCUGCAGCAUGGUUUUUAACAAGGUGGCCAUUACCCUGCAAGAUGUCCAGAUCUUCCUGUCCAUCCUCAAGAUCCUGGCCUUAGCCUGGAUAUCCUACUAUUUACUGUUUACCAGGCGGAAACCACAUGCAAUCUUGUAUCGGGAUGCCCACGCAGGGCCAAUAUGGGUUAAAGGAUCACUCAUACUGUUUGGAGCUUGCAGUAUCCUCCUGAAUGUCUUCCAGAUUGGGUAUGAUAUUAUCCAUCUGCAGUGCAAAUCCCAGCUGGAAGUCUUAUUCCCAUGCGUAGAAAUCCUCUUCAUCUGCAUUCAGACUUACUUUAUAUGGCGUCAUGCAAAGGAUUGUACCCAGGUUCAACACAACCUCACCAGAUGUGGGCUAAUGCUGACCAUGGCCACUAACCUCCUGCUGUGGCUCUUAGCAGUGACCAAUGACUCCGUUCACAGGGAAAUUGAAUCCGAACUUAAACCUGGGCAUUUAUUUGAAGAAUUUGCAGGUAAUGGGACCAGCUCCUGUAAAUGUGCCAACAGAACUGUCUGCAAGGUCUUCCAGAAAGGCUACAUUUUGCUAUACCCCUUCAACACAGAAUACUGCCUGAUCUGUUGUUCCAUGCUCUAUGUCAUGUGGAAGAAUGUGGGCCGGCGCAUUGCUCAGCACCAUGCUAUAUACACUAAGCCCAAAUUCCAACUCCAUGGUGUAAUUUUUGGGCCUCUGCUUGGCAUUUUCACAGUAAUCACUGGCAUCUGCAUUUUCAUAGUGUAUCAGAUCCAAGCCACCAGUUCUUCCCUAAGCCAUCAAGCAUUCAUACUGUAUUAUUCUUACUAUAUCGGGUUGCUGCCUGUGAUGACAGUAGGGGCCUUGGUUGGAACAGUCAUCCACGACCUAGAAGAGAGGGAGAUGGAUACACUAAAAAACCCAACACGAAGCCUUGAUGUGAUCUUGCUUAUGGGAGCAGCCUUAGGCCAGAUUGGUAUCUCUUACUUUUCCAUUGUAGCCAUUGUGGCCACCAAUCCAACGGAUCUGUUGAACAGUAUAAUCCUAGCCUAUUCAGUGAGUCUCAUCAUUCAGCACAUCACCCAGAACAUCUUUAUUAUUGAGGGGCUCCAUAGGCAGCCUGUAAUGCCAGAAACAAAAGGAGAAAAAUGUGAAGAGAAUGACUCAAAAGUGUAUAACCUAGAGAUAAAACAGGAGAUCCGGAGAUUUUCCCAGGCCUACAUACAGACUUACAACCACUUCAACUGGAAAAGGAAAGCUUUAAAGGAGAUCUCCAGCUUCUUGGUCAUGUGCAACAUCAUACUGUGGAUCAUGCCAUCCUUCGGAGCACAUCCGGUGUUUGAGAACGGAUUAGAGAAGUCAUUUUAUGGGUACUCCACCUGGUUUGCCAUCGUCAAUUUGGGGCUGCCCUUGGGUGUGUUCUACAGAAUGCAUUCUGUUGGUGAUCUUCUGGAGGUGUAUCGAUCAACCUGA